GUGCUGCCAAACCAGAAGCAGCGCCAGCUCCAGCGUGGCCCCAAGGGCACGCCCAGCUUCAGGUGGCCACGGCCCCAGCCAACCCGACCUUCGGCCGCUGGGGAGCCAGCGGCCUGCAGCCUCCGAACUCGGAAAGCGGUUGCCUUCAGGGCGUCUCGGACCUCCACUGGAGUCUGCCCCAACAGAGUCAGCGCACCUGCAACAUGCAAGCUCAUCCAAGACCAAUUUCGGCCACGGACUGGCACCGUCCCGGGCAGUUUACCUCAGGACAUUACCAGCCAGCAUCCCAGAGCAGUUGGAUAGACCACAAUGGGCCCGGAGCGCAGGGCCUGCAGGGCCCUCAAAGCCUACUCAGCAGAACCUGGUGCUCUCCGAGCCAAGGAGGGUACAAUAACAUGAUGGAAUCGGCCGACCCGUGCCGGAACCCAACCCCACCCCAAAUCCUUAAUGUUGGCAACUCGCCCGUGGCGGCGGUGCCCCACGGAGCACAGUGGCAGCAACAGGGCCACGCUCACGGCUUUCAGCCGUCGAUGCCGCUUAACGGCACAAGAGCCCUCGCCCUCUGUCCCGAACAUCUCCCCCCUCAGAACCCGAAAACCCAGACUUUUCCCCCACAAUCCUUCCCUUCCCAUCCGCUCAUCCGAGCCGAAACCCCGAGCCCCCGCAACCCCCCACCAUCGGCGCCGAGCCGCAAGCGGACCUGGACCGAGGUGAGCUUCCCGAG